AUGCCAACAAUCAUAUAUAAUCUCGCUGAUGAAACACCAGCUGGUUCAUUGAUUGGCAAUGUAGCGGAGAAUUUAUCACCAGACUAUGCGCGGAAAUACACAUUUCUUUUAAUCUCUUCAGUAAAAUUUCAGUAUUUAAGUGAUUUUUUCAAAAUUUCACCCAAUGGUUAUUUAACUACCCUACGUCAUAUUGAUCGAGAUAAUACAAAUGAUGUAUGUGGUCCGUUGGAUUGUUGCUCCUCAGCUAUCUGUCAAAUUGAAGCAAACAUCAUCCUUACCAAACAGUGGGAUACAAAUGGAAAACAAGCUAACUAUCAAAUAAAACAACUAACUAAAGAUUAUGCAACCAAUGAAGAUAUCUUAGGACGAAAUUUGAUUACAUUAAAUGAAUCUAGCCAACAACGUGUCAUCCGAUUAUAUAUCCGAAUUAAUGAUGCUAAUGAUAACCCACCACGUUUUAUGUCUACUAGUAUGCUUAAACAUGACCAAUCGAAACCAGUAAAUCAAUUAAUCAACAGACCAUUUAUUAUUUACAUUAGAGAAGGUGAUACAAAUGGAUUUGAAGGUCUUCCAAUAGCCUCAGAUGCCGAUUCAGAAGUGAAUGGGAUUGUUGCCUAUAAACUUAUUGAACAGACGAGUAAAGGUGAUCCAGUCAGAGAACCGCGACUGAAUAUUAGCAUGACAUAUGCUGACUUUGCACAGAAACCGAAUGUCCGCCUGCUGGACAUCAAUGAUAAUUCACCGAUAUUUGCCCAAUACUCAGAAGUGGAAAGUUUAAUUAGCCUACCAGAGAAUACAACCUUGAAUUAUAAACCGUUUAUUACUGUGAAUGCAACCGAUGCUGAUUCAGGAGAUAACGGUCGAAUCACCUACUCCUUCAGUCCACUGGCGAAUAACUUGGUCUUGUCGAAAUUCAACAUUGAUUCAAGAACUGGUGCAAUUACAAUUAGAGAACCAUUGGAUUAUGAAGUCUACUCGGAGCGUAAUUUUGUCCUUCCAGUUGUCGCUAAAGACUCAGGUAGUCCACAACACUCGAGUACAACAUCGAUAUAUGUUCAAAUUAAAGAUGUUAAUGAUAAUGUUCCAACACUUGUGGUGCAAGAGAAUAUCACAAUACCUGAAGGACAGGUUUUUACAAAACCUGUACUUCGUUUCUAUGUCAGAGAUGAGGAUGAAGUAUCGCAUGGAAAUAUUAUUUGUAAGCCAGUCCCACUGGAUGCCAAUAACUAUAUUCAUGACAAAGAACUUGUAGCUGGUCAAGACUAUCUAAGGCUACAUCCAGUCUCAGAUACAGUGUUCUUUGUAUUUACAAAAGGUGUACUUGACUAUGAAAAGAUUCCUAGAGCAUCUUUACUGAUUGAAUGCUUGGAUUCAGCUGAGGUGAAACAACAGAACAGCACUUCCAAAUCACAACAGAAACACCAACUGUUACAGCUAAAAUCACAUCGAAUUCGUAUUACGGCUGCUAUACGUGAUCAAAACGAUAAUAUGCCAGUAUUUACACAAACAAAGUAUUAUGUAAAAAUACCUGAACACGUUCAUGAGGGUUCCCUGGUGACUGAAGUUAGAGCACAUGAUUUGGAUAGUGGGGAAUACGGUCAGUUAACUUAUCAACUAGGUCCUGUUGCUAAGCCGUCUGGUGUUUUAAUCGAUACACCCAACAGUAAUAACAUCGUCAAUAUGCGCUUAAAACAACCAUUUCAAAUUGAACCAACUACUGGGAUAAUUAAAGUAUUGCAUAAUGACAUGUUAGACCGUGAACAAACAGAAUUUUUGUAUAUACCAAUUAUAGCCAAAGAUAAAGGCGGUUUAACUGCAACAGCACAGUUGAUUAUCGAAUUAAUCGAUAUAAAUGAUAAUCCACCUAAACUAGUUAGUUCACAAGAUUUAAAAGUAGAAGAAAAUCAAAAAAUCAAUACUAUCAUUGGUUCAAUACACUUGAUUGAUUUAGAUAAAGGGAAAAAUUCACGUAUCCACUUACUGAUCACAAAUCAACACAAUAAACUUAAUGAAAUGAUAAAAUAUGUAAAAAUUGUACCAGAUUUUAAUUUCAACUACUCUCAAUCAACACCAAAUGAAUUAAUCAAUAAUGGAGAUAUCAAAGCUCUACUUGUAAGCCAAAUACCUUUGGAUCGAGAGAAAACAGCUACUAUUUUCUAUGAAAUUGUAUCUUAUGAUGAAGGUCAAUCAGCACAUAGUGUGACGCAUACAAUUACUAUACAUGUGACCGAUCAAAAUGAUAAUAUCCCCAUGUGUACAUAUCCUAUUUUUGACAGUAUAAUUGGAUAUCAUCCAAUCAUUUAUACCAACACGCCGGUACACAGUUUAGUUAUACAAGUAAGAGGAUAUGAUCCUGAUCAAGGUUUGAAUGGUACUAUUCUCUAUCAUCUAGACAAAUCUACCAACGGUAGUGAAUAUUUUUAUCUUAACCAGUCAACAGGUGAAUUGUUUACAAAUUGGCUUUCAAAUUUAAAUUCCCAUCAACCUUCAGAAUAUACAAAUAAUCAUCAAAACAUUAAAACAAACCCUAAUGUCAUUGAACCUCAUGAAGGUAUUUAUCAAAUUAAAAUAUUACUUACAGAUAUGGGUAUACCAGCUUUAUCGAAAGAAACACAAUUUUUUGUGAAAAUUAAUCCACUCAAUCCCAACUUGAAUAAAUGGAAUACAGUUGAAACAACAGUAAUGCAUCAACCCAAUAAAUCGAUACCUUUAAAUUCAAAUUUUAAAUUAUUAUUAAAUAAUCGUUUUGUAAUAAUUUCAUUAAUACUUUUUAUCAUACUGUUAAUUAUAACUAUCAUGGGGAUAGCGUUUUGGACUAGAUCUCAUCGUAAACAGAAAAUAUGCCAUUCAAUUAAAUCAAUGAUAUCAGAUCAGAAUGAAUGUAAUCCAAUUAUAAUGCCUACUACAAUAGAAAAGAAUAAUGAACAUCAGAAUAAAGAAAUAUUGCCUAUUUUAACCUACGAUGGGAGGACAGAUAAGUCACCAGUUGUUCAACAUCAAAAUUUGCAUAUCCUAACUACACAUAAUGAAAAUGAACAAAAACUCGAUGGUAUCAUAUCGAAUAUGUUGAGUACACCGAAUUUUAAGACGGUUAAUCAUGUUGGUUCACUAUGGCCACCAGAUUCAAGUACACUUGAUCAAUACACAGAUAAAAAUGAGAAAACUCUUGACAGACACAGUACAUACUCUCAUUUUUCGGUUAACAGCGAUCAUCACAACAGUAGUUAUAUCCACCCUAACCCUGGUUUUUCAAGUCAACUGCAAACUAAUCCAUUAUUUUCAUUUCCUUUUGGAUAUGACACUAGUAAAAGUCUAAUCAGUGAUAGCCAACAACAACAAUCAACCAGUCAAAAACUCUCUUCAUUAGUCUAUUCACCAAAUGCUUAUUAUUCAAUGUCUACUAAUCCUCUAUAUACACAGAAUACCAUUGUGAGCAAUGCUGAGAUUAUGAAAUAUAACAAUAACCUUAAUUGGAACGGUGGCAACUAUUUAUCUCCUCCAGAACAAAAAUCACUUCAGUAUUCCAUUGUUUAUCCCGGACAUCAUUAUCCACAUUCAUCAUUAGACAGAUCUGAGCAAGAUUAUUAUAAUCAAAGUUAA